AUGUCUGCUUUUGGCUUAGAUCUGGACGAAUUGACGUCAGCUUUCGAUCCUAAAAAACCAUCUUCUGAGACUCUGGUAGAUACCGGUUCUACACAGCCUGGUGACUUCGAAGAAAAAAAGCGAAAAGCAGAAGCUUCACUCAAACCCUUAUUAAAAGAAGUAGAGGGAGAUUCUGCAGAUGAUUCUCCCAAACGUUCAAAACUGUCUGUUGGUGAUACUUUGGAAUUUAAUGCUCCCAGAAUACAAAUACAUAAAAUCAGUUCACCUGAAACAUGUACACACGAGGUGGCUGUUCCUCCUGAUAUUGAAUACAAGCCAAUUAUUAAGGAUUGUGGAUUUCCAGCGAAAACGUUUCCCUUCACGCUUGAUGCAUUCCAGCAACAAGCAAUCAUAUGUAUUGACAAUAAUCAGUCAGUACUAUUAUCGGCUCAUACGUCAGCUGGUAAAACUGUUGUGGCUGAGAUGUUGGAUAUUGAAUGUCAAGGGUCUUAUGAGGGAGGGACUUUAAAUAUCAUGUCUGCUUUUGGCUUAGAUCUGGACGAAUUGACGUCAGCUUUCGAUCCUAAAAAACCAUCUUCUGAGACUCUGGUAGAUACCGGUUCUACACAGCCUGGUGACUUCGAAGAAAAAAAGCGAAAAGCAGAAGCUUCACUCAAACCCUUAUUAAAAGAAGUAGAGGGAGAUUCUGCAGAUGAUUCUCCCAAACGUUCAAAACUGUCUGUUGGUGAUACUUUAGAAUUUAAUGCUCCCAGAAUACAAAUACAUAAAAUCAGUUCACCUGAAACAUGUACACACGAGGUGGCUGUUCCUCCUGAUAUUGAAUACAAGCCAAUUAUUAAGGAUUGUGGAUUUCCAGCGAAAACGUUUCCCUUCACGCUUGAUGCAUUCCAGCAACAAGCAAUCAUAUGUAUUGACAAUAAUCAGUCAGUACUAUUAUCGGCUCAUACGUCAGCUGGUAAAACUGUUGUGGCUGAAUAUGCAAUCGCAACAGCGUUACGGGAAAAACAACGUGUAAUUUAUACUACUCCUAUUAAAGCACUUAGCAAUCAAAAGUACAGAGAAUUCUUCGAAGCUUUCCCGGAAGUAGGAUUACUUACAGGUGAUGCUACAAUCAAUCCCAGCGCUAGUGUGCUCAUCAUGACCACAGAAAUCCUUCAAUCCAUGUUGUAUAAAGGUGCUUCAAUGGUGCGAGAGGUCGGUUGGGUUAUAUUUGACGAAAUUCAUUAUAUGCGUGACCCUGAACGUGGAGUGGUUUGGGAAGAAACUAUAGUGCUUUUACCUGAUAAUGUUCGUUAUGUGUUUCUUAGUGCUACUAUUCCAAAUGCUCGCCAGUUUGCUGAAUGGAUAGCUCACCUUCACCAUCAACCAUGUCAUGUUGUUUCAUCUGACUGCCGUCCUGUACCACUACGUCAUUAUCUAUAUCCUGUGGGUAGUGAGGGUUUGUUUCUCGUAUUGGACGAGGGUAAAUAUUUGGAGCAAAAUUUUGAACGAGCUAUGCGCUCGUUCCUUUCGGAUGAAUCAUCAAAUAAAAGACAAAAGUCACAAGUUGAUUAUAAUAAACGUUCUGAAAAUAAUGUCAUUCAAAUUGUUCGUUUGGUCAAACAUCGCAGUUUGGAACCGAUAAUUGUAUUUAGUUUCAGUAAAAAGGAGUGUGAAAUCUAUGCACUCCAAUUAGCCAAAUUCGAUUUCACUACUGAUGCAGAGAAAAAAGUCGUUGAUGAAGUAUUCCGCAAUGCAAUCGAUGGUCUUUCACCUGAAGAUCGCGCAUUACCACAAGUUGAGAGUGUCUUACCAUUGCUUAAGCGUGGUAUUGGUAUACAUCAUGGUGGUCUUUUGCCUUUAUUAAAGGAAACUAUAGAAAUAUUAUUUUCUGAGAAUUUAAUUAAAUGUUUAUUUGCUACAGAAACAUUUGCCAUGGGUUUAAAUAUGCCUGCUAGAACGGUCCUAUUCACCUCGGCUCGUAAAUAUGAUGGACAGUCUUAUCGUUGGAUGAAAAUUUUUUCGUAUAUCCAUAACUUUUUUCGAAAAUGUUUAUUUUUACUUUUAGAAUUGAAUGAAUUACGUGCCACUUAUUCAUCAACUGUUGUUGAUGAUGAAGAAUCCGUCGAAUCCUAUCAUCAAAUUCAAUUAUGCUUCGAUGAACUAGUUGGACAGCAAUGGCAGUAUAUAAGACGUCCACAGUACAUAGUACCUUUUCUCCAACCAGGUCGUCUUGUUAAAAUUGUUGUUCAAUCCAUCUCAUACGGAUGGGGAGCUGUGAUCAAUCUGAAAAAACGUCAGCGUAAAGAUAGGUCAUCUACGCCUGAAUCAUUUUAUAUACUUGAUUGCUUAUUAUGCACCAAUCCAUCUAGAUCGAAUUCAGAAGAAUCUGGUUGUGAUGUACCUAGUGGGAAUCCAGUAGAUAACUCGGAAAUUUCAAAUUCAAUUUCUGCUACUGGUAGUGAUACAUCACCGAUGGCUGAGAUUAUUCCUGUACGAUUAGAUUGUGUUGUUGGUAUUAGUGCUGUACGUUUAGUUGUUCCAAAUGAUCUUCGUUCAAAAGAGGCUAGACAAGGUGUUUUAAAUGCAAUAGAAAAAGUGAAAAUACGUAUGGGUGGUAGUUUGCCAGUUUUAGAUCCUAUUGCAGAUAUGCACAUUAAUGAUCCACGAUUCCUGGAAGUAAAUGAGAAAGUUACUGCUUUUCAAGAGAGACUACAGCAUCAUUGGCUUCAUGAUGACCCACGUCUUUCAGAACUUUCUAAAGUUUAUAGAAAGAAAGAACAACUUCGCAAACGCAUCGAUGCUCUUACAGCUAAUCUGAAUAGUAAAGUUUCUUUAAUUCAAUUGGAAGAACUAUCGGCUCGUAAACGUGUAUUAAGACGAUUAAAUUUCGUUUCUGAAUAUGACGUAAUUGAGUUAAAAGGUUGUGUAGCCUGUGAAAUCACCUCGGCAGAUGAGUUAUUAUUAACAGAACUUUUAUUUGAUGGGGUAUUCAAUAGACUGUCAUCUGAGCAUAUUGCAGCAUUACUUUCUUGCUUUGUAUUUGAGGAAAGAGCUUCGGAAAUGCCCAAAUUAACUAAGGAAUUAUCUGAUGCUCUGCGUACAUUACAAGAUACAGCCAGACGUAUUGCACGUAUCAGUAACGAAUGUCGUCUCCCAGUUGAUGAAGAUAAUUACGUGGAUUCAUUUAAACCUCAUUUAAUGGAUCUUGUUGAUGCAUGGACAAGAGGAGCAUCCUUUGCUAGCGUUUGUUCUAUGACAGACUUGUUUGAAGGCACAAUUAUUCGUACAUUGAGAUUACUUGAAGAGUUAUUACGACAAAUGGCUAAUGCAGCUAGAACAAUUGGUAGCAAUGUUUUGGAAAAGAAAUUUGUUGACGCUAUCGAAAAAAUCAAACGGGAUAUUGUUUUUGCAGCUAGUCUUUAUCUUUGAUCAAUGGUGUUUACUGCAUGCAUUAUUUCUAAAGAUUAUUUGUACUUUUUUUAAAUACAAUACAUAUACAUGUGCGUUGUG